GCAGACGGUCGAGAAAGUUUGAAUUAUGUAUCAUCCCAGGUGUGGUUAACUAUAAAAGUCCGAGAUUUUUUGGAUCAUUAUCAUUUCAUCUUUCUCCUCUUUCGAGCACUGAGCAACAAGAUGAUAGCUCUACUGAUUUCCGCAUUGGCCCUAACAAGCGUGGCAAAUUGCGGCGUAGUAAAAGAGGACAUCAGCGGGCUCAGUCCACCGAUCAGUAGCUCCUACUCUACUGGCUACAGCUACCCCAAGCCAUCAACCACCGUCAUCACCCAGAGCAGCCCUAGCGUAGUAGUACAACAGUCACAUAUCCCAUCUUCCUCCAUCCUCAACUCUGGAUCAGGCCUCCUGACUUCAGUGCACCAAUCUCCCUCAAUCUCCUCCAUCUCCAGCUCCAACAUCCUAUCUUCAAGCCCACAAAUUGUAUCUGUAUCCUCUGGAUUGAACUCCUUAAGUGGACUUAAUGGAUUAUCAUCAUUGGGAUCAUACUCCUAUGGAGGUUUGAACGGAUUAUCCCUGAACAACCUCGGUUCCGUUUACAAUUUGGGUUCAAGUGGACUCGGCGGUUACGGUUACGGCUACGGAGGAAUCAACGGUUUGUCCUUAUCAGGCGCUAGUGGUUUGGCCUUAGCUGGUGGAAACGGUUUGGGACUUGGACUCGGCAAUGGUUUAGCCCUUGGAGGUGUCAACAACGUAGCUCUCUUGUCUGGAAACGCCAACACCAACACCUACUCCCAACAGAUCCGUCAAAUCCCAGUUGGAGUUCCCCAACCCUAUCCAGUGUACACCAACAACCCUGUCCCUGUUCCAGUCGGAGUACCUCAACCCGUUGCCGUCAACCGUCCAGUACCAGUUGAAGUACCACACCCAGUGAAUGUAUACGUCCAAAGACCAGUACCAGUUGCUGUCCCAAGACCAGUUCCAGUUGCUGUCAGGACUCCAGUCUACGUCAGAGUACCUCAUCCAGUUCCAGUCGAUGUCCCUAGGCCAUACCCAGUCGUCAAACAAGUCAACGUACCAGUGUCAGUACCCCAACCCAUCGUUGUCAAAGAGCCAGUAGCAGUCAAACACGUCCAUUUGAACAAUGUUGGCUCUUCCCUUGGUAGCAGCAACUACGCUAACACCAUCUCCUAUGGAGGCAGCUCUCUGGGUCUUUCCAACGGCAUUGGCAGUUCUUUGGGAUAUUCCAGCGGUCUUGGUAGCUCAAUUGGUCUUUCAAACAACAUCGGUAGCUCCAUCGGGCUCUCCAACAACAUCGGUAGCUCCUUGGGUCUGUCAAACAGCUAUGGCUCAUCCCUGUCUGGAGGACAUUCAGUCGUUUCUGGAAUUUCUGGUGGAAACUCAGUCCUUCUCUCCAAUGGAUUGAACGAUCAUGUUUCUCAGUCUCAGUUGAGCUCUGGUAGCUACAGUGGAAGUGGUCACUACCAUCACCAUUAAAUCUGAGUCCAAAUUUUAUGACGUAUAAUCUAGUCCUCAUUAGUUUUAAUGUUUUUAUAUUUUUUUAAUAAAUUCAUUCGAAAUAUA